AUGUCGCCUUUAUCCUAUCUUCCGCCACUUCCCCAGUUUCUGUUCUCGACCUUGUUUGUGAGCGGGCUCGCAGCAAAGAUCUUGCAUAUCGGUCUCCAUUUCCACUCUUUGCCCUUUCUUUACUUGGCGCUGUACUCGCCGACGCUGUUUCUGCCUGAUUUUCUCGUCAUCACCUGUGGACGUAUCCUGCUACGCUUUCCAACGCCAGAGACUCGACUGCAAUGGCUUUCGACAUGCAUCGGGGGACUUCUGUCCCUGAUAACAUGGGGAGCGGCCUCCAUCCAGUUCGGCUUCUUCCUCCAAACCGGUGCGGAAGUCGCCUGGGCUGCUAGCAACAGCUUCUUAAGUGAUCCCGCCGCCAUGAAGAUCCUGCUGAGCGGCAUCACAACCGUUUCCGCUGCUUCAACGGUGCUUGGCUUUGCCGCAUGGGCGAUCUAUGGACGACUUUACAACGUGACCGGACUGGCAUUACAGGGGGUGCAAGACUCGGUCAUGGGUCUUUUCAAGGCGCGAUAUACCUUGAUCGGCCAGCCCAGCAAAUCAUGGCUUGCAACGUUCGACCUACGGACCAUGCGCCGAAUCGCGAUUUUCGUGUCCCUGUUCACCUCGUUACUGUUCUUGCAGAUCACCCGACCCGCAAUUCCGUAUAAUCAUAUCUCCGGCGCGUUGCCUCUCACGCUCCUCGAUGCGUUCACCAAGAAAUCCGCCACCGACCAAGGCUGUCGGGAGCCUGCUCCGAAUUUCCCGCUCUGGAAUCGUGACAAAUUCACGCCAGCGCAAUGGUCUCGUCCUUCAUGGCUUCCCGAGAACCCGCCGUCGGGAUUCAGUCGUUGGGUCAAGAGCCCGUUAGAGCGCGCGGAGGAGGAUAACGCCGCAUACUAUCUCUGCAACGACGCCGAGAGUGCCUUUUUCAAUCCUUUCGAUGACCCAUUGAAGAUCUCAAACCUUGGCGGCGAGAUUUAUGAGCCCUUGCAAAAAGCCUUCAAGGAUCACGCGGUCUCUAUAGACCAUGUAGUCCUGCUGACCCUAGAAAGCGGGCGCAAGGAGCUAUUCCCGAUACACCAGGGUACCCCCAUGUUCGAUGCAUUGGUCGCAUCGCACAAGGCCCAUGCCCAAAAGGACGCCAUUGAUAGGCUCCUGAAGAUUACUCCGGUCGCACAGAUGCUCACGGGUGAAACGGUGCUCGACAGCAAUGGCCAGGCCAUUAAGCCAGAUAAUGCGACGAAAUGGCACGACAGGACGGCAGACGGUAUGGGAGGUCUGAAUGUCCGCGGUGCGGUAACGGGGAGCUCGUUGACUUUCAAGAGUAUUUUGGGCAGUCACUGUGGUGUUCAGCCUCUGCCGGUGGAUUUGCUGGAGGAGACUCAGCUGGAAAUCUACCAGCCCUGCUUGCCGCAGCUGCUUGAGUUGUUUAAUCGUGUGAAGUCGUCGAGCGAGUUGAGUUCAGAGGAGGUCGAUGCUCUUGAGCGCCCCUGGAAGUCUGUUUUCAUGCAGUCGAUCACCGACGAAUAUGACCGACAGAAUGAAAUGAACGAGCAAAUGGGGUUCGAGGAGCAUGUUGUCAAGAGUAAUCUGACUUCGAUGACCUCCAAAUACCGGGCUUCAAGCAAGGAGAUCAACUACUUUGGAUACGCUGAGACCGAGCUGAGGCCAUACCUGCAAGAUCUCUUCAACGAAGCCGCGCACAACAAUACUCGUGUUUUUCUUUCCCAUGUGACCAGCACCACCCACCACCCUUGGAAUACCCCGAGAGACUUCGACACCCAGAAAUACCUCGGCAGGGAGGGAGGUAUCAAGCACGACGCCAUGAACAGCUACCUGAACUCCGUCAACUUCGUCGAUGGCUGGCUCGGCGAGAUCAUGUCCAUGCUCGACGAGUCCGGCAUCGCCAACUCGACUCUAGUGGUCAUCGUCGGCGACCACGGCCAAGCCUUCGCCGAAGACAACAAAGACCUGACUGGCACCUAUGAGAACGGGCACAUCAGUAACUUCCGUGUCCCUCUCGUAUUUCGCCACCCACACAUGCCGCGCAUCGACAUCGACGCCAACGCAACCUCUCUUUCCAUCAUCCCCACCAUCCUUGACAUGCUCGUCCAAUCUGGCUCCCUCAAUGACCACGACUCCGAUAUCGCCUCCCACCUCCUCCCAGAGUACCAAGGACAGUCGCUCAUCCGCCCAUUCCUCUCUUCCAUCAAUGACACCAGUAUCGAAGGCCGCGAAUCGCGAAAACAUGAAGGGAACGAAAUGCCUGCCACUCGCUACCAGUGGAAUUUCGGCAUCAUUAACGGCGGCGGUUCCAUGAUCUCCGUCACAACUGCCGGUCUCCCUUACCGCCUGGUUUUGCCUCUCAAGAAUGAGUUCGAGUAUAUCUUCUCCGACCUGGACAAGGACCCGGGCGAGCUACACGUGACCAAAGCCUGGUCGAUCGGUGCGCUCAAGAAGGCAGUCAAAGAGGAGUACGGCAGCGACGCAGUCAAGUGGCUCGAGAGCGCAGGCAAGGUUGGCAAGUGGUGGGUUCGCCAGCAAAGACGCAUCUGGGGCUACCGCGAAGCCUGA